AUGAUUCAACCUGGUCUGAAAGUCAUCUUCGACAGCGUCUACGAUGACCACCCCCACCGAGUGGCCAAGCUAGACGUUGUCGCAGUCCACGGCCUCAGCUUUAAGAACACCGAUGAGCACGCUCGAAAAACAUGGACGAUGGGCGAUAAGCUCUGGCUUAAUGAUUUCCUCCCUGGUGCCCUUUCCAGACCCAUCAGGGAGAUGAUGUUCGAAUAUAACUCGAGCCCUGCCGUUGGUGCAGCGGCUAUCAAACUCGAUGACCACGCGAAAAAUUCGCUACAAUGGCUUAAUCUGAGGCGGAAGACUGAUCCACAGAAACCUCUCGUGUUCAUUUGCCAUAGUCUGGGUGGAUUGGUCGUCAAAGAGGCACUCGUCUCAGCCACAUUAGACGUAUCAUACAGACCUAUCGUCGAGGCGACGCGUCUUCUCGUUUUCUUUGCCACCCCUCAGCAAGGCGGGAAUUAUGCUACUGUUGGUGAUAUUGUGGCCAAAAUAGUAAGAAAAAGCAUGGUAAAGCCAAGCAAUGACCUCCUUGAAGCCCUAAAGAAAACCUCGAACGAAGCGACCAAACGAUCCGAGCAAUCUCGCCAUGUAUAUGAGAAAUGUCUUGUCGUUAACUUCUUUGAAGGAUAUGAAUAUGGCAAGAUGGGCAUUAUCGUUGACAAGAAAUCUGCUACAUAG